AUGUGCCUUUUCAGUGAUGAAUUGGAAACAGUAAAGCAAUCAAUUUCGGUUCUACAACCUUUUGAGUUAGCAACCAAAGAACUGUCAUCUGAAAAAAUAACAAGUUUAUCAAAAGUGAUCCCUAUGAUCAAAGCCCUUCGAAGCUACAUGUCAAGGGAUGACCCAGAGAGAAGGGAACUAUACGACACCUGUCCUUUGGGAAAGGAAUUAAGGGCACAAUUGGAUAGAAAGUUUCCAACCCUUGAAAGUAUAUAUCUUCAGGGGGCUGCAACAUUAUUGGAUCCAAGAUUAAAAAAACUACACUUUGUUGAUGAAGGAAACUUGAAAAGUAUUCAGAGCAGACUCCAACUCUCCAUGCGUGGAAGUCAGCAACAGACAGAUGCAAGACCAGCACCACAACCCGCAAACACAUCUCAAGACAAACAACCGUCAACGAACUUGUGGACAGACCAUGAUGAGAUAGUGAGACAAAGUCUACAAGCAGCAGCACCUUGUGUUGGACUGAAUGUGGAUCUAAGACGUUACUUAGAGGAACCCAUCAUUCCCCGAGACAGUGAUCCCAUCUGCUGGUGGAAGGAUCAUUCUCAACUUCUCCCUUUAAUGACAGAUCCAGUAAAGAAAAUUUUGUGUAUUCCCACUACAUCUGUUCCAUCUGAGAGAGUGUUUUCUAGAGCAGGGGAACUGUUAUCAGAGAGAAGAAACCAUUUAAGCGACGAAAAUGUUAGCAUGCUUCAGUCACCCCCAGCCCCUCCCUAA